AUGGCGGAUGCUUUGGCUAACUUGGCCACAACAAUGGCACUCGGAGAAAAUGAGACAACAAAGGUGCACGUAAAGAAGGAAAAUGUUGUUGAUUUCAUCAAAUCAAACAUAAUUUUUAGAUAUGGCAUACCAAGAUGUAUAGUUACUGAUAAUGGAACACCCUUCAACAAUAAACUCAUGAGUAGUUUGUGCGAGAAGUGCAGUUUUAAGCAACAUAAGCCUUCAAUGUACAAUGCACCUGCCAAUGGUCUUGCUGAAGCUUUUAACAAGACACUUGGUAACCUAUUGAAGAAAGUAGUUGCAAAGAAUAAAAGGGACUGGCAUGAGAAAAUUGGUGAAGCUUUGUGGGCAUAUCCAAUCCAAGAGGGACUUAUAACUGGAAGUAAUGCUCAACUUCGUCUAGCAGAGUUGGAAGCAUUAGAUGAGAAGAGAUUGGAAGCACAACAAAGUUUGGAGUGUUAUCAAGCUCGACUUGCGAGAGCAUUCAACAAGAAAGUGCGACCUCAAUCAUUUCAAGUGGGAGACUUGGUCUUAGCAGUCAGGAGACCCAUAAUCCUCAACAAACGCAUCGGUGACAAGUUUACAUCAAAAUGGGAUGGGGUGUAUGUUGUGAAAGACGCACAUUCAAGUGGCGCUUACAAAAUUGUAGACCAAGACGGUGUAAAAGUUGGUCCAAUUAACGGCAAGUUUCUUAAGCAAUACUACACAUGA